AUGAAGCAGCCACUAAGACCUUUCGCCACAAAUCACGAAGAUAUAGUGUUGGAUGUAGAGUAUGACUUUUACGGACGGCAGUUGGCGACAUGUUCGGCGGACCAGCACAUCAAGGUGUUCGACCUGGAUCCGGAGACCAUGCAGUGGGUGUUGAACGACUCGUGGAAGGCACAUGACUCGGCUGUGGUGCGGGUUCGGUUCGCCGAUCCCCAAUUUGGCCAUCUGCUACUUUCUGCGUCGUACGACCGGACGCUCAAGAUAUGGCAGGAGGACUUUGAGGAGCCCGUCGGAACGAGCAGGCGGUGGCGGAAGCUGGCCACGAUAGCAGACUCGCACGGCCCACUAUACGACGCGUGCUUUUUGCCGGCAUUUUUGGGGCUCAAGGCCGGGACCAUUGGGUCAGACGGUAAAUUGCGGAUUUACGAGAACAUCAACCCCUCGAAUCUCCGCGACUGGGGGCUCGUGGACGAAAUCGACGUGCUCAAGGCCCCCGUCGCGUCGCACUUGCAGAGUGACUUCAACUUGAGCUGGUGCCCGUCGCGAUUUUCCACCGAGAUGGUCUGUGUGAGUGCAUUGGAUCAGGCCUAUAUAUACUACAAGAACGACACUUCCAACAAGUACUGCCUGGGGAAGCUUCUGCCGGAGCACAACGGGCUUAUCCGGUCGGUGGCCUGGGCCCCGCUGAUGGGCAGGUCGUACCACUUGAUUGCCACCGCGUGCAAAGACGGGUUUGUGCGGAUUUUCCGGCUGGUCGAGAGACCCCGGCCGUCACCUGGUGCAGAAAUCGGCAUCGACGUCGUGCUCAUUUCCUCCUUUAACGAGCAUGCCGGCGAGAUCUGGCGGGUGUGCUGGAACGAGACCGGAACAAUCCUCAGCAGCUGCGGGGAUGACGGUUACGUCCGGCUCUACAAGGCAAGCUAUGCCGACAACUUCCAGUGCAUGAGCGUGAUAAGUGCCAAGUCUGCGCAGUAG